AUUGUGUGAUAAACGAUGCCGUUAUCUGUGUUGUGGGACAGGCACUAUCUUGCAACUCUUGGGUGGGACUACAUCGAGGCGCUUAUGACAAGAGCACCAGAGGUGCAGCCCAGGAUUUACCUCUCGCAACAUGGCUUAUUGAACGUUGAGGAAAUGCCACCCGAUGUUUUUCGACGGAACUUUCGCUUUGAUAAAUCUGACUUCUCUUUUCUUCAACGGGCGCUGAAAAUACUAGAGGUAGUAACGAGCGCUCAAGGUGUUCACGUUCGUGGUUUGGAAGCAUUGUGUAUUUGCUUGAAGCGUCUGACGUACCCAAACCGACUCUGUGACCUGCACCAUUUCUGCGGCCCUCACGGCAGCGUAAUUUCCAGUAUAAGCAACAAAGUGUUUGAUCACACAGAGACUACGUUCGGCCACCUUUUGGAUGACCUCACCAAGCACGAGGGACUCUCACUCAACUACUUGGACGAGCUUUCUCAGGCAGUGUACAACGAAGGAGCUGAUUUGCCAAACUGUUGGGCAUUUAUUGAUGGGACUGCACGGUCCAUCUGCAGACCAUCCGAGCACCAACGACAAUAUUUUUCUGGACACAAGCGUUUGUAUGUCCUAAAGUAUCAAGCCGUGAUGUGGGCAAAUAGGCUCGUUGAGGAGCUCGACGGCCCGUGUUCAGGGAAGCGACAUGAUGCUGGCAUCUUGCAUGAGAGUGGCCUGUAUGGCAAACUGGAGAACUUGGUCCAAGGCAAAGACUAUGUCAUCUAUGGGGACCCUGCGUAUCCUCUUGGGCCGCUUCUCAUGAAGCCGCAUGGUGGCGCCCACCUUACUCAAGCACACCAACAAUUUAACACAUCAAUGAGAUCAGUUAGACAACCAGUAGAGGGGGGGUUGGGGAAGGUUGUCUCACAGUUUGAUUUUCUAGAUUUCGAAAAGAAAACUCAAGAACUUCUGCUUUAGAAUGUUACCCGCAUGUAUAGAGUCGCUGUCAGUCUCAUGGACGGCCGUGCCUGCAUGCAUGAAAACGAAAGUCAUUUAUUAAGCUACACAGCCACCCAGCCUCCAUGCUUACUUGAGGCCGGGUCUUGGCACAUAUCUACUUGAGCAUUGCUGCCCGGCAAAGGCGACCUGCAGGUGUAGUACGACGUAGUAUUGGAUGUGCAUUCUCUGCGAGAGGUGCUUUUUCUGAAAUAAAUGCAUUAAAUCCUUC